AAACAAUCCUCACAUUUAGUUAACAGCGAACUCAACAUGAUAACGGUUGUCCAUUUGAUCACUUUCAUACUCCUCACAGUUUCUCAUUACACCGUCAAUUCCUUAAUGCCAAGACCAUUAAAACAUGAAGUGGGUGAAUCAUUGUGCAGCUUAGCUGAAUUACUUUCCGCUGAACACGAUUAUCCAUCAUGUUAUAUACUGAAAGAAGCAUUGAAAGUGUUCAACAAACGUUUUCUAGCCAGACAACUACAAAAGUCAAAUGUUGAAGGAGUCUCGUGUAGUAUUAGCACAUUGAAUAUUGUCAUUGACGCGGGUUGUGAUGAGUCAGAGAAUAAAUUAUGGCCAAGUGAAUAUAUGGAUGAAUCAUGUAGGUUCAUUUCACCCCAACAUCAUCAUGACUAACUAACUCACUAACAAACCACUGAAGAUACAAUCAGUAUAAUGGAUGAGAAAAUCGAUAUUCAAUCGAAUGAAGUAUGGGGAACGUUGCGUGCAUUACAGACAAUUAUACAACUGGUGCAUAGGAGUAAAUGGGGAGCUCUUGUAAUAAAUGAAUAUAGUAUCGAAGAUUCACCAAGAUUCAUUCACCGAGGAUUUCUAGUCGAUACUGCCAGACAUUACAUUAGUGUCGAUGAAAUUGAGAAGUUCAUUGAUGCUAUGGCGAUUGUUAAAAUGAAUGUAUUCCAUUGGCAUAUGACAGAUGACAGCUCAUUCCCUUACGUCUCUUCUUCAUAUCCUCAGCUGUCUUUAAAGGGUGCGUAUAAUCCACAGAUCUAUGUUUAUGAAAAUGCAGAUGUUGUUCGGGUGAUUGAGUAUGCCAGACUACGUGGGAUACGUGUGAUGGUGGAGUUCGAUACUCCGAGUCACACAAAGUCAUGGGAAAAUGGUUAUCCAGGGGCUCGAACAGACUGUUACAGUGGAGAUGCACCAGAUGGAGAAACUGGUCCAUUCAACCCUGCAAAUGAGACGACAUUUGAAUUCCUCAAGGAGUUUUACAAAGAAAUUACUUCAAUAUUCUUCGAAGGAUACAUUCACUUAGGUGGUAAUGACGUUUCAUAUUCUUGUUGGCAGUCAAAUCCCGAAGUUUUGAAUUUUAUGAACGAGAUGAAUUUCGGUGAUGACUUUGGAAAACUUGAAUCAUACUAUUUUGAUCAUCUUACUAAAGUAAUUCAAUCAGUUCAACCGGAGGGAUAUGCUGUUACACCAGUUGUUUGGCAGGAUGUUUACGAGAAUGGCUAUCGUCCGAGUAAUGCUACUGUGAUGCAUGUUCGAAAGGCAGAAGAUUGGCCACAACUUGUGAAAUCUAUCACAUCAGAUGGUUAUCGAGUUAUAUUGUCGUCAUGCUGGCUAAUCAACAAUGUUAAUUUCUCUGGUGAUUGGUAUGAUUACUAUGAAUGUGAUCCUGGAGCAUUCGAAGGUACUGAAGACGAACAACAAUUGGUUGUUGGUGGAGAAGCAAUUUUAUUUGGAGAAUAUGUGGAUGAGUCGAAUCUUUUCACACGUUCAUGGCCUGAUAGUGCAGUUAUAGCUGAACGUCUUUGGUCACAAGGUGAAUUUGAUGUUGAUGAACUUAAACCAAGGCUAACAGAAUUGCGUUGUCAUAUGAGAGAUUUUGGAAUGAAUGCACAACCAGUGAAUGAGCCUACGAGCUGUUUACAACCAUAAAGAUUCACCAUUCAGCACUUCAAAUGCUCCAGGAUCACAUU